UCCGGAACCAACCUACCGCCGCGCCGGGGCCUCCCGUCCCCUUUCCUGCAUCCCGUUCUUCCCCCUCCUACGGGCUACGGUCAUCCUACCUACCUCCUCCGCCAACAAUCGCCUCUCUCUCGCGCACAUACAUAUACCCACCACCUCUUCUGCUCUCCUUUUACUUUAGCGGCUGAAACCCGGCGCGUCUAUUUCCAAAUCCGGAGACCGGAAUUUCUGUUUCCAAAUCCAGAGACCGGAAUUCCGCUCUCCAGGUUGUAAGGUUGUACCAGGGGCGCGCCGGCUAUGGAGCUCAAGGUGGCGUCGAAGGCAGCGGCCCGGUACGGCGCGUCGCAGGGCUCGCUGGGCCGGUGCGGGGUCGCCUUCGGAUCGGCCGGGAGGAAGUCGCUGCCGCUGAGGCCGCUGAGGCCGCUGCUCGCCGCGACCAACAACUCCGUGACCCCCGUGACCGCCAGGGUGGAGAAACAGAGGAUAGAUAAAAGUGAAAUAUUGACCUUGGACAGCAUCAGAACCUCUUUGAUUAGACUAGAAGACAGCAUCAUAUUUGGUCUCUUGGAAAGAGCACAGUAUUGUUACAAUGCUGAUACAUAUGAUCCUGAUGCUUUCCAUGUGGAUGGAUUCGGGGGCUCUUUGGCUGAAUUCAUGGUUAGAGAAACUGAAAAGCUACAUGCAAAGGUUGGGAGAUACAAGAGCCCAGAUGAGCACCCAUUCUUCCCAGAAGAUCUCCCUGAGACACUGUUGCCACCUAUCCAGUACCCAACGGUUUUGCAUCCUAUUGCUGAUUCCAUUAAUAUCAACAAAGAGAUUUGGAAAAUGUACUUUGAUGAAGUCAUUCCGAGAUUAGUGAGAGAAGGAAGUGAUGGCAAUUAUGGAUCCAGCGCUCUUUGUGACACGACAUGCUUGCAGGCACUCUCUAGAAGAAUCCACUAUGGAAAGUUUGUGGCAGAGGCCAAGUUUCAGGAGUCCCCUGAAGCUUACAUGCCUGCAAUAAUAGCCCAGGACGGUGAUCUACUAAUGCAGCUCCUCACCUAUGAGACGGUCGAGCGGGCUAUUGAGCAUAGAGUGGAAGCGAAGGCCAAAAUAUUUGGGCAAGAGGUGAAAAUAGGGGCCGAAGCCAAGGGCAUGCCGCCCGUCUACAAGAUUAGACCCAGUUUGGUCGCUGAAUUGUACAGCAACAGGAUCAUGCCGCUAACCAAGGACGUCCAGGUAGCAUACUUGCUAAGGAGGUUGGAUUGAGGUGUUCACUAUCGUGCACGGCCUUCUCCAUCCCGUUUCCUGGCAUCAAAGAAGCAUAUCAAAGAAUAAGUUAAACUAGGCAGGAGACAGUUAUAGGCAUAUUCAUUCUUGGACUGCUUGGAAAACAUGUAUUUUAUAUUUUCGCAUGUGUUUACUAUGCGUAUUGUAUCAUGGCAUAUAUGAUAGAUGUAGAUUGCGUGCUGUUUUGCACACCGUGGGA